CGCCGAUUGGGAUGGGCAGCCGUGCGCGAGUUCACGCGGGGCUCGCCGGCCGCCGCCGACCCAUGCACCGCCUCCGCCGGCCGAGUCGCGCUGUCGGGCCAGAAAUAGGAGAAAAAGAGGAGAGGAGAGAUGUGACAUUGACAUGUGGAUCCCUCACGCCGAGUCAGCUGGUUAGACCGGAUCAAAGCGCCACAUCAGCAAAUUAUUUAGGGGCGAGGGGGAGAUUUGGCCCCUAUUUAAGGGAGUGAAAGUGGACUUUUUUUUUUCCAUGCCCGCAACGUCCCGCCCAAAAAUUCCCCAACUCCCGCUCACUCCGUCGUUCCCCUUUGUUCCCCGCGUCGCCCUCGCGCCUCAACUAGGUUUCCGACGCCCUCCUCGCGCCGCCGGCCGCCGCCGCCUCGCCGUCAUCCGCCGCCAUGUCCCAGCCCGUCACGCCUCGCCGCACCACCCGCUCCUCCGCGUCCGCCUCCCCCUCGCCCGCACCCGCCUCGCCAACAUCUCCGCCCAAAUCCAGGCCCAAACCCUCGCCCAGACGCCAGCUCCUCGCCGCCGCCGCCGCACCCCCGAAGGAGGAUGGUUCCUCCGCCGACGCGCUCCUCGCCGAGCUCCCCGGCCGCCGCGCGCAGGCGAUGGAUAUCCUCCGGCUCCUCGCGCCGGCGCCGGCCCUCCCCUUGAUGCUCCACGGCGGCGCCGCCACCGGCAAGACGCGCGCCCUCCUCCUGGCGCUGCGGUACCUCCGCCCCAGCCAGCGCCUCGUCUACGCCGCACUCCGUUCCCUCCCUUCCCCUCGCGCCCUCUUCGCUUCUCUCCUCUCCCAGCUCAGCGCAACGCCAUUCUCCACUUCCUCUCGCCACCGCGUCCCCGACAAGCCCUCCGACUUCGUCGCCGCACUCCGCGACGCCCUCAAUGGUAUCGUCUCCCAGGGCGAGGUCGUAUACCUAGUGUUCGACAACUUGGAAGUUGUGAGGAGCUGGGAUAAGGGUGGUCAGCUUCUCCCUCUCCUUCUCCGCCUCCACGACCUCCUCCAAUUACCGCAGGUCGUGCUCGUGUAUGUGAGCAGUGCAACGCCUGAUGCGUACUACUCCAUGACUGGCUCUGUUGAACCAAAUUAUGUUUACUUUCCGGAUUACACAGUGGAUGAAGUUCGCGACAUUCUGAUGCAUGACCAUCCCAACCCAAAGCUCUACUCAUCCUUCCUGAGUGUGGCACUGAAGCCAUUAUUUCGCGUAACACGAAGAGUGGAUGAGCUUUCGGCGGUGCUGGAACCGCUUUUCAGGAGGUACUGUGAGCCACUGGGUGACUUGAAGGCAGUUCCUGAUGAAGGCAUGAAGAGGAGGUUGUUUGAACAUGUUCAGUCACAUCUUGCAGUUGCGUUGAAUGAGACAUUCAAUGUCCCCAUGAGAGCUUCCAUGGAUGAAAUCAAGGACGGUGGUUCUGCUGGGAAGGGCAGUGCUAAAAGGCAGUUUGCUGGUAAAGAUGGACUCUCCAGUGAACUGGAGUUCCAUAUGUCUGUGUCAGCCAAGUACCUUCUGCUGUCUGCUUUCUUGGCUUCAAGGAACCCUGCUACUCUUGAUGCAGCUUUGUUUGAUUCAACUGGAGGCUUAGAUAACCGCAAGCGCAAGAGAAAGAGCUCCCAGGCUUCAAUGCAUAUGAAGGAUACCAUAGUUGAAGAGAUGCUUAUGAAAGGGCCUGGUACAUUUCCUCUUGAGAGGCUCUUGGCUAUAUUUCAGUGCAUCACAUCCGUGUCAGAAGAUAUACUUGAUGAAAUUGAUUGCCCUGGCAAUAUGGCAAGUGAAAGUGGAACAACUGGUUUGAUGUCGGAUGUUCUACUACAGUUGUCAACAUUGUGCAAUUCUAAUUUCCUCUCGAAAAGCCGGAGCUGCCCAUUAGAGGGCUCAGCUAGGUACCGUUCAAACAUUGAUGAAGAUUUAGCUCUCAAGGUCGCCAGGAGUGUGAAUUUUCCCCUCUCAAAGUAUAUGUACAGAAGAUAGCCUUUCGAUAUUUACUAUAAGCAGCAAAAACUACUGGUGAUGGUUCUCCAGUUACCUUGAUUGUAGAGUAUUGAGGCAAGUGCUAGAUGUCCCCUUUUUCCUUUUAGUUUCUUCUGUUAUUUCUCCUUCAAAGAUUGAGUACUAUAGCCAAUUUUGAAUUUAAUGUUGACUGAGCAAGCUCCAGUUAACUGCCUUGGAAGUUUCAAUAUGUUGGCCAUGUGACUUAACCAUCAGUAAAUCAAGGUUUCAUACUGAAACAUUUGGCUAGAAUGUAAGCGUAUGUUCUUCAAAUCUAAAUGUAAUGGCAACUAUCGUUGUUGUGUAAUUCAAUAGUUAUGAGCUAUGACUUGAUAAACCA